AUGCCGCGCAAUAGUGGCCCAGGAGCCCGCAGAGAGGUGGCUCGGGGCAGUCGGCCUUUCCCGGGCUCCAGUAUGUUCACCUCCGCCCGAAGAGGCUUCUCCAUCGAGGCGCUCGUGGGCACCUCCACGGAGCCACUGCUGCGCCCCGCGCCCGCCAGGCCCUGCGCCUCCCCAGCCUGGGGGGCUGCCCGCCUGCUGGUCCCGGAGUCUCCCGCUGCCCCGGACCGCGGAGCCGGUGGUGUCCUGGGUCCGCCCCCGCCCUGCCCCCGGGACCUGUGCAGUUGUUGCCCCUGGCUUCUCCGAAGCCUCCUGUGGACGCCGAGCUUCCCGGGAGAAGCUCGUUCUGCUGAGAGACUGCUGCUUUGUGGGCCCUUUACUCGAAAGCCCAAAAGGAUCCGCACAGCUUUCUCCCCAUCCCAGCUGCUGAGGCUGGAAAGAGCCUUUGAGAAAAACCAUUAUGUAGUGGGAGCAGAGAGGAAGCAGCUUGCAAACAGCUUGUGUCUAACGGAAACUCAGGUGAAAGUAUGGUUCCAAAACCGUCGAACAAAACACAAAAGGCAGAAGAUGGAGGAGGAAUGCCCAACAGCAGAGGAGAAGAGGAAGAGUGGACCUCUUAUGAGUCAGUGGCAGGUGGCCUCAAGGCAGGGCAUUGACGAGGACAUUGAUGUGACAUCCGAGAAUUAGGAGUGUUCUUGGGGACUGAAAGGUGCCUUCUUAAGAAAGAAUGCUGGAAGCCUGGCCCUGAGACAAGUUUGAUGACAGAGGCAGGACCCUCUUUGAUGAGGCUGAUGGAGUUUAAAAAUUUUCCAAUGGUAUCUUAAAAACAACCAGGAAUCUGCUUUGGAAGCUGACGGACACCCACUCAAGAUUGCAAGGUAACAAACUGGAAAGGUUGAUAAAAGUUUUCUUUAGAGCUGGGCAUGG